ACAUCUCGGUGGAACAAGUGUGUAGCAGACACUGGCUAUACUGCCCGAAGGUCAUGAACAGGCUGGACCUGUUGUGCAUCAACCGUUUGCGCGACCUGUCAUAGUAAAACCGACGACAACAACAACCCACCACACCUCAGCAUGGCGACUGCAUACCAGCCUACCCCGCGUUGGGAACAAUCCGUACCCAUGGGUCACGAAAACCUCCCCUUGGCGAAUCAGACUCUUUUCGAUCCCUCGUACUCUUUCGAUCCAAAUCACAUCUCUCGCGAUCCCUCGAAUUACACAUCUCGUCGACCCUCUCAGCAUGCUGCUACUCUUGGAGUCGACACAUACCAGCUGGACCAGAUCAAGCGCGACAGUGGAAGGAGUUUAAGAAAAGGAAGCAGUACCUCUCGUGGCUCGAGUCCUCAGAAAGCGGCCAUGUCGCACUUGCGUCGACCGUCAACAUCCCACAGUCGACCCUCCGCGCCUGUCACAAUACCUCGCGCUGAUUCCGAAGCCGCCAUCGACCCCGAUCCAGAACGAUCAGCCUGGAUUCAUCGUGACAAACUCGCACAGAUAGAAAGUAGAGAGAUGGCUGCUGCAGGCUUUGGCAUGCCUCGAUCGACCCAGCGCCGCCAGAGUCGAUCCGAUAGCCGUUCUGCCAGUCGCUCAGCGAGUCGCAAUGCUGCCUCCCGUGUGCAAUCGGCUGAUCGCCAUACAAGCCAGCUCGCUUUCCCCAAUGAGACCAAUGUUCCCAAAGUACAUGUAUUCGAGGAGCAGAGUGGAGCAGGCGCCGAUCAGGAUCCUGACUCCGAUGAUUAUGAGGAAAGAUUGCGCGAGGAGCCUCGAAUGGAUCGCAACCUGUACAGCAAAAGUCUUCCCAGGCCUACUGUAUCUCGUAUCCCAGUCGCAAGGGGUAGUCCUGCACCUGUUUCACAGAGUGUGGUCGAACGAGAUUCGCCUCUGCCACGUAGCAUGAGUAGUCCUCUUGGUGCUGGAGAUAGCGCUAGUAGCAGGACCCGAAGCAAAAGCUUGGGCAAUGCUACCAUGAUAGCUGAACCUAGGAGUACGCGAUCUGCGAUGCCGUCAAAACCUAGGCCGCGCAGCUCCCACAUAGAGGACUCGCCUCAAAGUGUUACCGAAUCACCUUCGCUAAGCGCACGCACGACGCAAUCCUUGACCGCGGUUUCAAGGGCCAAGGCAAUGAACAAAGCGGCUACAGGAGGUUCCAUGGGUAGAAAAACUAUUCCUAGAGCCACUUCAAAGGCACGGAACUCGUCAGACUCGCCUAAAGACAGCCCGGUCAGAAGACCCACAUCUGGCUCUACCAGGUCUCGACCGACUUCGUUCCACAAUCGACCGGAAGGGGAAGCACCUUGGGUUGCAACGAUGUAUAAACCUGACCCUAGACUGCCGCCAGAUCAGCAGAUGCUUCCCACUCACGCGAAGCGUGCGAUGCAAGGCGGAUCGGAUGGUCAAGAUGAAGCGGACAAGACCUACCCUCUGAAUAUCGACUCUAUGAGUGACGAGGAACUGGCUAAAAUGGGUGCUCUGCCCCUGCCAGGAUCCGCACAGAUGGCGAGCCCCGUCACGUCCGAUCAGCAAGGUACGAAUAAGUCGCAGCCUCCGUGGCCUCUUGGAAGCAACAAAAGCGAAUCCAGAAGUCAGACCGGGAGCUCCAAGAGCACACCUGGCGGUUACACCAUCACACCCAAAAUUGCACCUCCCAUUGCACCUCCAAAAUCACCGAAACCGCCGGCCACCCCAGUGGAUACCUCUCGCCCUACAAUCUCAGGAGUACAGAGAGUGCCAGACCUCGACGAGAAGGAGGAAGGCAAGACUAAGAAGAAGGUCGCAUGCUGUGUCGUCAUGUAGAGCAUCCUGCAUAUACCCAACUAUAUGCAUUUUGUGUAGAAGAGUAACACCAAUGUCGCUCUCGUGGUUUCUUUUCUCCCUCUUUU